AUGAGGUCUUCGCGCGAGCAGAAGCCCACGCUCCUGUGGUCGCCGCACGCGGCGGGACAGUUCGCCAUCGGAACCUCCGACAAGCUCUCCAUCUACGCCUUCCAGCACGGGCCUGCGGCCGGAGACGAGGUCGAGUUUGACGGCGCGCCUGCAGACGACAGCGUCGGCCUGGAGAGCCUCGCGCCGCGUCGGAGCGAGCAGAGCGUGCGCCCUGUCUCGUCUGUGAGCGACGUCUCGCAGCUCACCUGCGCCACUUGGAGCCCUCGGGCCGACCAGCCUCUCACGAUCGCCAUCGGCACCGCCACCGGCCGGAUGGUUCUGCACGAGUGCACGCCGCGCAGCGCCGCGGCGGCGGAGGCGCCGCCGGUGCGCGGCGUGUGUGUGUCUUGCCUCGGCAGCAGCGGCGUGCUCGUGUGGGACGUGGAGCGCGACGCAACCGCCUUUGAGCCGGCACUCAGCCGCACGCCGCAGGGAGGCGGAGGCGGCGGUGGCGGCGGAGGCGGCGGCGGAGGCGGAGGCGGCGGCGGCGGAGGCGCGGCCGGCGGAGGCGCGGCCGGUGCGUGGCCGUGCGGCGGCGUCGGCGAGUCGUGCCGCUCGGGAAGCCCGCGGGCCAGCCGCGGCGGCGCGGCGGGCGGCGCGGCGGGCGGCGCGGCGGGCGGCGGCGUUAGCGGCGGCGGCGGCGGCUCCCACUCCAUCGGGUACGACAUAUCGACCGCUUCCGCUGCCGUGUACGGCGUCGUGUUCGACAGCUUCGACCCGCACCGCCUUCUCACCUUCUCCGACGCGUCCGAUACGCCCACCGGCCUCGUCAAGGGGUGGGACCUGCGCCGGCUUGCGCACGGCUCUCCACUCUUCACCCUCUCUGCCGCCGACGCGGCGAGCAGCGGGCGGGCGGGCGGGCGGGCGGCGCAGAGCCGAGGCCUCCUCCAGGUUGGCUGGUGCGCGACGCAGCGCGGGCUCGUCGGGACGAUCUGCGAGGGCGCCGCCGGACUCUGCCUCUGGGACAUCGACCAGAUGCUUCUCACCAAGCGGCAGCAGCUGCAGCAGCAGCAGCAGCAGCAGCAGCCCGCGCCGCCGCCGCCGCCCGCCGCGUCGCAGCCGCCGCAGCCGCCGGCGGCGGCGCCGCCGAAGGCACCGCCGGCGUCGCCCGCGCAGCCGGCGGCGGCGGUGCACGUCGCCGCCGCCGGGCCGCUGCCCCCCUCUGAUGUCCACCUCGACGCCGCCGGGCCGCUGCCCCCUCUGCUGCUGCCCGCGCAGCUCACCCCGAGCGCCGACACGUGGCAGCGCCCGUCCGCCGCCGAGCGCGCCGCCGCCGUCGCCGACUACAGCCUCCCCUCCGCCGCGACGCUCGCCCUCUCCGCCUCCGACGCGCCGCACUGCCUGCAGCUGUACGAGCCCGAGGCGCCCCUCGCCACGUUCGCCUUCCACCCGACCGAGCACGCGAGGGUGCGCCUCUCCUCCCUCUCGCCGCUCUCGUGGUCGCCUCGCGGCUCGCUCCUCGUCGCCCUCCCCUCCGGCAUGCUCGCCUUUGGCGCGACGCGUCGCCCGGCGGCACGCGGCGGCCGGCUGCGCGGGCUGCCGUUCGGGCGGGGCGGCGGGGGUGGCGGGGGCGGCGGGGGAGGCGGGGACGGCGGGGACUGUUUCGCCGCGGAUGCGGGGUACGGCCUCGACGCGCAGAGCGCGCUGCGGCUCUUCGAGGAGCGAGGCGCCGCCGCGGCCGUCACUUCGCCGAGGGAGCGGCGAGAGCUCUACGAGGCGUGGCGGUUCGUCCACUCCGCGGCGUCGCAGGCGUCGGUGCCGGGCGCGCCGCCGCUGCUGUGCGGGUUCGCGCAGUUGCUCGCGGACAGCGCCCCCGCGGUGGCCGCCGAGUGCUCCUCCUCGCUGCUCCGUUUCGAGUCCUCCGCGCGCAACGCCAUCCUGCGCUGCUGCGGCUGGCCGGCGCUGGAGGAGGCGCUCACCGCGUACGAGGCGGCGCUGCAGUUCGAGCGGGCGGCGCUCGUCGCCCUCUUCCACGCCGGCGCGUGCGAGUCGUACCGCGAGCUCGAGCGCGCCGCGCUGGAGCGGGGCGGCGCCCACCCGGGCUUGCCACCCCGCCGGGCCGUCGACCUGAGGAUGAUCGCGAUGGCGCGCUCGCCGUCAUGCCGCGCACCACCCCGCUCGUCGAAAGUGCUGGCGGGCUUCCAGACGCGAUCCGUGCUCUGGUCCGCGACGGUGCAGUCGACCGCCCGCCGCGUCGCCUCGCCGCACUUGCGCCUGCUGCUCGCCACCCUCUGUCUCUGCACCGAGGCCGAGCAAGAGCCGCGCGAGACGCCCGCCGGCGGCCUCGACGGUCUCGGCGAGCUGCUCGACGCGCUGUUUGCGGACCCGCCCCUGGCUGGCGCCGCUCCAGCCGCUCCAGCCACCGCUGCCGCCACUGCCGCCGUCGCCACUGCCCUCUCCGCCCCUCUCCCCGUUUCUUCGCCCGCCGGCCUAUCCGCCGAGGCCUCUCGUGGCGCUUCGAGCAGAGGCGAGCGGAGGGUCGGAGAGCCGGCGAGCCAGGUGUUCGCGCGUUGUGCGUUUUGCAACGCGUCGCUCCAGACGGGAGGCGGGCAGGCCGCCCGCGCCGCCCCGAAGCGCGGCGGCGGAAUUGCACCGGGCCCGGCGGCGGCGCGGCUAGCGGCGCGCGCGUCUGCGUGCCCGGCCUGCAAGAAGGCGCUGCCGAGGUGCGCGCUCUGCCUCGGCCACCUCGGCUGCCCGAACCCCGCCGACCUGCCCGAGGCGGGCUCGGCCGCGCCACUGCCCGCGGCAGCGGAGGACGCGGAUGGCACCGCGCCGAGCUCAGGUCUGGGCCGGUGGAUGGUCUGGUGCCAGAGCUGCCGGCACGGCGGGCACGCGCUGCAUGUGGAGCAGUGGUUCGCGCGCCACACCGUCUGCCCGGUUGCCGGGUGCGACUGCCAGUCGACGCACCUGAAGCACGAGAAGGCCGCGGGCGACCGCGAGUCUGUGCAGGCGGCGCGGGCCGCGGCUCGCAGGGCCAAAAAGGCCCGGCAGAAGAAGAACAAGGCGGAGAAGGCUGCGGCGGCGGCGGCUGCGAGCGAGGCCGAGCGCGGCGCGCAUCCCCUGCCCACCGGGUCCAAGAUUCAGGUCGCCUACUCGCUCCCUCCCGAGGGGGGAAGCGGGUUCGGCGACAUGGUGUACGCCACGGUCCCUAUGGGCUCCGUGGCGACGAAGGUUGCCCGGGACUGGCUCGCUAGCGAGCUCUACGAGCCGUUCCGGCGAGGCAAAAUUGAUGCGGCCUAA